AUGUCAUACCCAAACGAGGCAUUUAACUGGAUGAGGGGAACGGACGAAAAAUCUCGAAUGGACUUCGUACGUGAAAUUUUAGCUUGCUGUUCGCCAGGCGAGCUAAAGAUCGUUCAGAAACUGGUCAACACAGCACAGAAGCGAAGCAGGCCCAUUCCUCGUCUUGGUCAAAAAAUACGGCGGAAGCUCCUUGCGUCAUCAUCUGUGUCAUCAUCGUGUGUUCCUGUGUCAGCGUCGUCUGUUCCUGUGUCACCAUCGUGUGUUAAUGUGUCAGCGUCGUCUGUUCCUGUGUCACCAUCGUGUGUUCCUGUGUCAGCGUCGUCUGUUCCUGUGUCACCAUCGUCUGCUCCCAUUGUUCCUGUCGCAUCGUCUUCUCUGUUAUCAUCGCCGAGAAAAGUGUUUUGGUGGGAAGUGUAUGCAGAAAGUAACAUUAUUGCUUUUGACACAGAGAUGGUUACACUUAUUCAACCAAUUGGAAACCAAAAGAAUUCGCUUGGAACAGUGGCUCUAGUAGAUUACGAGGGUGGAAUUAUACUAUCGGAAAAAAUUCAACAUGCUCCAGGGAGUUUCUUGACGGAUUAUGCUCAUGUUGCUAUCACUGGAUUUAAAAAAUUUGACCUAGAAAACGGGAACAAUUUCAAUGAAAUAAGGGAUCAAGUAGUGUCUCAUUUCGAAGGAUCAUUAAUUAUCACACAGGCCGGGCAUGGUGACUUCAAAGCAUUUGGGUUAAUAACUGGAGACUAUGACACCUUUGAUAUUCAACACAAGUUUCUUCAAAAAACUGGAGAAGAUAAUCACGGAUACCCCGUCAUGCAACCAAUUAUCUUACGCAGAUUAGUUCUCCACUACUUUCACACCGAUAUUCAAGACGGAGUGCACAGUGCUGAGAAGGAUGCCAUCUAUACGAUGAAAUUAUUUAGAAUUUAUCAAAACCUGGCUAAAGAGGAAUGUAUGAUAAACAGGUCCGACAACUGCAGGUCAUCACAUGACUUUUCAUUCUCUUUGCUCUUGCACUCACAGCAACUUUACAUAUCUUGCAUUUAUUGGAGAUAA